AUGGAGCCCCCGGAUUCAGCUGGCCCCGAGCCACGGUUGGCGCCCGGUCCAGUUGCCCCCAUAAUACCGGACGGCCUUCUUUCAGAUGAUAUUCAUGAUGAUGAGAGGUCCAGCAGUCUGAGUGAUAUCGAUGAACGCCUAGAUCACCUUGAGGAUAUGUCCCCGAAACAAGAAAAGCCUGCCAACGAGGUUGACUCCGAAGCGGAAACUGAGCGCAUGGAAGAUUCUCCAAGCCGCCUUCGAAACCACACAAGCAUCGUAUUGAGCGCGGGGGCGUACGGGACGAGCCCGAGUAAGCUCGCGCAAUCGACCACCUAUGACGAUCUCGAUGAAGAUGACAUCAACGAGGCCGAAAAUUCUCCAAGUAAACCCCCGCGAGAUACGAGAAUUAACGGCGUCUCGAAUGCUUCUAAGGAAGUUGAAGAAGGUACGGUGAACUCACAAUCCGCGCCGCAAGAAGCGAUUGGUAAAAAGAGAAAACGCGGGGCUUCUGUUGAUGAAGAAGAGGAUAUGGAUGAUGAGGAGCCGUUACGAAAGCGCCGUGGCUCUCCCUCUGGCGAUAGAACCGUAAUUGAAACUGAACAGGAAAGUGCAGAUACGAAUGCGCCUGAGAUGGAGCCAAAGAAGAAUGAGGCCUCAUCCAACGACGAAGUUUCGCCUGUCAAUGAAGACCUGGCGGAGGAUUCCCGCCCUUCAACUUUCCGAGGAAGGAAAGGCAAAAAGGGGAAACGAAAAGCAAAGAAAACUAAGGACACUUAUGACGAUACGGGAGAAAAUAUACCAGGGGAGGGCAACCAGGUAAACGGAGACGAGCAGUUACAAGAGGACGAAGAAAAUGGGGACGGUGCCGAUGGGGCGGAUGAUCCCGAAGCAGCAUUGAAACUAGAAGAGUCAAUGAAAAAGACGACCGCCAUGGAUGUGCUGCUCAGCCUGGAAAGGCAAUUUGCCUCUUUGCGUGACAAGAUCUAUGACGACCGAAUCGCUAGUAUAAACGAGGAACUGGCUCAGCUCGAAAAGCCGAACCCAACUCACCCUGAAUUCCUCCGCCAGCUCCGGAUAAUCGAGAACUAUCGCGAUGAGAAGAUGAAAAUCGAUGAAAAGCUGUUUGCAUAUAAAAUGAGAUCCCUGUGCAUCAAGAGCCAAGCUGAGCGGAGUCAAGUAAACAGCUCGUACUACCAGAAUGUUCGCGACAUCCGUGAACGAUACCUUCAAGAAAUCUCCGAGCAUCAUUACCGAGUGCAACACGACCGUUUUCAGACAAGCGAAAUCAGUGCCGAUUAUGGCAUUCCAUUUCCGUCUCGGCGGUCACAGCAAGCAGCGCAGCAGGCUGCAUAUAGUAUGGAAGUUAGUAUCUUGGCGGGGACAGCGAAAUAUGUUGGUUUUCCAUCCGCUCCUGAGAUGAAGGGUUUGCAGCGUAAUGAGAUUGAAGAAGAUUUUGCGAAGUUGGGGAUAUCUCUGAGGCGCACGAAUCCGAAUCCGUUGCCCCAUGCUCCUUUGUCACAACACCAUGAUUACGUACCAAUGUCAUCUGUCGCAGCCACACGGCAGGCAGCGGAAGAAGAGUUCCUUGAGCAGACGCCAUGGGCAAAUCCGCAGCACCCCAUUCAUGAACAAUAUCGGCAACAGAUGCAUCAAGAGAGGGUGUCGGAUAAUCAAAGGUUUCCGAACUCCUUUUCUACCCCAGCGGCCCAACAACGGGUAGUGGAUCUGAAUGCGCCGAACGGUUCGGCUUCAACCAUCCCAGAGCAUCCGUCGGCUCCUAAUUCUUCUGCUGCUAACACACCAUACGACUAUGACCGCUCCCGUCGAAAUCCUGGAAUACCCACACCAGUUGCUGAUCCGCCCAACAGCCGCCAUCCCGAAAGUGAUGACAUGCAUGGACCGUCGGCUUUUCGAUCUCUAUCUUCGUCACCUCUAGAUGUGCGCAGACCUCACCCACAGAAAGCUCUUCCGAAGCACGAAUUUGGGCGACGCUCCCCUGGCCCGCCUGUGGAGCCAAUGGGUCCACCAAGUUCCGUGCGAGAUAUCCCAUAUUCCCCUUCAUCAUCCACUAUACGCGCUGGCCGGUUUGGAAUAGCUUCAAGAGAAGCUCAGCCAUCUUCCCCAACCUCUGCAGCACGUCAAAAGCCACAAUCAUUUGGUUCAAUGCAUCAGAAUGCUGGUAUUGCUGCUGGAAGUUCCGAGAGAAGUCGGGUAACAAACCCAUAAAAUUCAGAGGGGUGAAUUUCAGUGUUACUCAAUACCUGGGCCUUGAUUAUACUCUUUUUCCCCCCUGUCAAAGUCAAAUUUGCAGACGUUUUUUUGGUAAUGCAUAUGGGGCAGAGUCAUCAUGAUGAUUUGCUUUUUACGUUGGUGGCUGUGCCCUCUUUUGUUCAGCGUUAGAAAUCGUCUCCUACUACAUUCGGAGGGCCUUCAACCGGUGUAACGACCUUUACUUUUUUUUUUUUUUUUUUUCUUGGGGAGAAACUAUCGGAGCUCGGAGUUUCACUUGUUUCAAGGGGCUUUAUUCUAUUCUUAUAACUGCAUUUCUUCUCGGUGUUGGCCGCUUUUUGCUCCUCUCAUUCAAUUCUUAUGCUCUGGUUGGGAUCAUGGAAAAGGGGCCAUUUAGUGGAAGUUCAUCCUGCUUUGGGGCAUUUUGUUCUUGCCAUUGGCGGCAUACGGGUGUUGAUAUGCGUCGGAGUAUCCCAGAGGGAUGCACACUCAUGUGUACAUAAUAAUUCUUGGUGUAAUUCGAUGCGAUUUUGUCAGUUGUCUCCCUAAGAAAAGCCAUACCAGUUUCGACAAGACUCCUUUAGUGCUCUAAGCACCUGUCAAGGUUGCAUAAAGUCCUAUAAACUGAUUCCCAGUGAGUGGCGUGAUGUAUGUACACAAGACAAGGUUCGUACAGAGUAUGAAUACAAUAAAGAAAAUGAAGUGACAGAUGGGGCUGCCGGCUAUCGCGUCUACCGAGAGGGGUGAGCUGGAUGGUAGCGCCAGUCCUCGCUUGCCCACGGUUUCCAUUUCUUAAGAAAUAAGCAGAAUUCCGCAAUUCAUGAAAUUUCCGUGUAAAACGCCUUAUAAAUAAGUAACUCCGGGACCGUCAAAUGCUAAAUUGUCGCAGCCAAAAUGGGAGUAGGAAAGGGUUAGGGAAGAAAAUGGGUUGCGAGGAUGAUGUCUAUGAAUUUUGCGACUGUUUGUUCGGCUGUUUAGGCGCAUCGGGGACCUUAACGUCCGAGAAAUCAUCUUGUCCGACAGCAUUGAUUGUGAAAGCAUCUAAUAUAGAAUGCGGCAGCGAUUAGCCAAACUGAAAUGGAAGUGCCCACGAGGGCGAGCGUGACAGGGCAAUUGAAGAGUGUGCUAGUUUGGCAGAGCAGAUCCUCGCCAUUCCCACAUACAGACGCUAACGCAGAAGCCGAAAAGGACAACGCCCGUC